AUGGCUGAGAUAAAUCUCACCCAGGUAAAGGAGUUCAUUCUUGUGGGCCACGAUCGUCAGGAGUUGAAGAUACCUCUCUUUCUGGUAUUCUUAUCCAUCUACCUCUUCACAGUUGUAGGCAAUCUAGGUUUGAUCCUGGUCAUUAGAAUAGAUGAAAGACUCAACACCCCAAUGUACUUCUUCCUUAGCAACCUGGCUUUUGUGGAUUUCUGUUAUGCUUCUGUCAUUACACCCAAGAUGCUUGGGAAUUUCUUGUAUGAACAAAACAAAUCCUUCAAUGCAUGUGCUGCUCAGUUAGGCUGCUUUCUUACCUUCAUGAUAUCAGAGUGUUUGCUACUGGCUUCCAUGGCCUAUGAUAGAUAUGCAGCCAUUUAUAACCCUCUGCUGUAUAUGGUCACAAUGUCCCCAGGAGUCUGCAUUCAGCUUUUAGCUGUACCUUAUAGCUAUAGCUUCCUGAUGGCAUUAUUUCAUACUAUCCUUACCUUUCGUCUCUCCUAUUGCCAUUCCAGUGUCAUCAAUCAUUUCUACUGUGAUGACAUGCCUCUCCUCAGACUAACUUGCUCAGACACUUGCUUGAAACAGCUGUGGGUUUUGACCUGUGCAGGUAUCACAUUCAUUUCUUCAGUUCUGAUUGUCUUUGUUUCCUACAUGUUCAUUAUUUCUGCCAUCCUGAGGAUAUGCUCAGCUGAGGGAAGAUACAAGGCUUUCUCCACCUGUAGCUCCCACAUGCUGGCAGUCACCAUAUUCUAUGGGACCCUGAUCUUUAUGUACUUACAACCAAGCUCUAGCCAUUCCCUUGACAUGGAUAAGUUGGCCUCUGUCUUCUACACAGUGAUUAUCCCCAUGUUGAACCCCUUGAUCUAUAGCCUCAGGAACAAGGAUGUGAAAGAUGCUCUGAAAAAAGCCAUUAACAGUAGAAACCAGGCCUUUCUGCUCAUGAAAGUAAGAAAAAGACUUCCAUAA